AUGUCUCCAGCUGGGACACAGUUCAACUCGUUAGAGUCAAAGGAACAACAGAGGAACAUGUCGCUACCAGCUCCCGAGUCGAGUGAUGGAAAUCUAGCUGCUUGGGAAGAACAAGCUAGGGUUAGUCGAUGGAACUCUAAAAAGGGGGAUUUUGAUGCAACACUAGGUCAUCAAUGGUAUCGAUGUAACGCUAUUGUAUUAGGAUGGAUCAUGAGCUUAGUAUCGAAGGAAUUGAUAACAGGGAUUGUAUAUGCGAAGAAUACUAGAGCUAUUUGGGAAGAUUUGAGGGAACUAUUUGAUAAGGUAAAUACCUCACGAGUAUAUCAACUGCAUAAAGCAGUAGCUACAAUUACUCAAGGAGUUGAUAGUGUAUCAUUGUAUUUUUCAAAACUUCGAAAUCUCUGGGAUGAGUUUGACAACAUGGUGCCACCUCCAUGUGAUUGCGCGAAGUCUAAGAAUUUCAUUGAGUUUUUUAUGGGAUUGAAACCUAUGAACAAGCUAGAAGCCAAAUUCUGA